ACGCUCCACUUAGGUAGCUGCCUCUUGCGUCAUCUGAAAGCGACAGUGCCGGGAAUGAAACGUCAUCCAAGAGCGCCGAGCUCUAAAUAAAGGUAAAAGCGUGCAGUCCCGAGAAGUCGGACACCCAUGGCCCUGUACGCGCUCACUAGUGCUCUGCGCUCUCUGAGCCUGACAUCCCCGGCCAUUACCGCCCGGGUUCCGACUCUGCUCCCUGCUGCCCAGAUACUUAGCAAUGUUCUUCAGCUGCCCUCUGACUUGGCGCUGCCUUCUUGCCGACUGGUGCAUAUGUCUGUGGACCUCAAUGCCAAGUUCGUGUCCUGGAAGAGCCGUACCAAGUACACAGUUAAACCAGUGAAGAUGAGGAAGUCUGGGGGCCGAGACCAUACAGGCCGCAUCCGAGUACAUGGUAUUGGUGGAGGCCACAAGCAAAAUUAUAGAAUGAUUGACUUUCUACGGUUCCGGCCUCAGAAGGAAACCAAGCCAGAACCCUUUGAGGAGAAGGUUGUCACAGUCCGCUAUGAUCCAUGUAGGUCUGCAGACAUAGCUCUGGUUGCUGGGGGCAGCCGGAAACGUUGGAUCAUUGCCACAGAGAACAUGAAGGCAGGAGAUACAAUCCUGAACUCCAACUGUAUAGGCAGAAUGGCAGUGGCUGCUAAGGAAGGGGAUGCACACCCUCUUGGGGCAUUGCCUGUGGGGACCCUCAUCAACAAUGUGGAAAGUGAGCCUGGCAGAGGAGCCCAGUAUAUCCGAGCUGCAGGGACAUGUGGUGUACUGCUUCGGAAGGUGAAUGGAACAGCCAUUAUCCAGCUGCCUUCUAAGAGGCAAAUGCAGGUAUAUGUGGGCACAGUGGGAGGGGCCGGCAAAGAAGGAAUUUUUGGAAUGUACCUCACCAGCUCCCAAGUGUUUAUGAUGCCAGGAACUGCCUCCAGCUGUGUCUGUUCUCUUUGCCACCUGACUAAGCAUGCCUUGUCAGGUUGGCACCUUAUUGGAGUAAAUCUAAAUGCCUUUUCUCAGCUGGGCGUGGUGGUACAUGCCUGUAAUCCCAGCAUUCCAGACUGAGACAAAAGAAUCAAGCCUCCUGGGCUACCUGAGACCCUUUCAAGAAACCAGGAAAAGACAGAUGUGGGUUGAGAAGUCAGGUUUAUAAUCUCAUCGCUCAAGAGGCAAAGGUAGGAGGAUUUUGUUGAGUUCUAGGCCAGCCUGGUCUACAUAGCAAGUGCCAGAACAGCUGGGA